ACUCUCUCCCCUCUCGAGCUCGCGCUGCGGUACAGGUAAACGUUUGCGAUGAGUCAAGGUUAUUUCAGUUCUUUGUUUUUAACAAAGUAGCGGUUACCUAUAGCCUCGGUUACCCUGUGGAGACAGAACAUCACUGAGUAGUGGACAUUGAGAGAAGGCGUCUUAGCGCUGUAAAUCUCUCUGAAAAUUCGAAGUUCUGAUAUCUGCUCCGCAAAACUUAAAAAAGAAACUUCACUGGACUUGCAACCCUUUACUCCUGGUUUGGUUUGGUUUGAAUUAUACGUCAAAGAACAGAGAGAAGACGGAGGAUUGCGCUGAACUGGACUGAGCCAUGCCAAACAAAUACCAGAAAGAGUGCUUAGACUCCCACAAUGCCUAUCGCGCCCAGCAUGGUGCGCCGCCGCUCAAGUGGUCAGCGAAACUCGCGUCAGACUGUGACAAGUGGGCUAAAGACCUCGCGCGCAGAAACACCAUGCAGCACAGCAAGGGGGAGUACGGCGAGAACCUGGCGUUUGCUUCAGGGUACGAAUUAUCUGGGGGACGAACAACAGAGAUGUGGUACGAUGAAAUUCAAAAGUACCGAUUCAACAACCCCGGCUUUUCCUCCGGUACCGGACAUUUCACCCAGGUAGUUUGGGUCGGAUCUCAGGAGAUGGGGGUCGCUAAAGCUGUCAGCAAGAAUGGAGCACACUAUGCCGUAGCACGGUACUAUCCUGCCGGGAACGUCAUCGGCCAAUUUCCGGAGAAUGUCAAGCCAAAGGGAUCUAAAGUCACUAAGGGUGGCAAGCGCGCGCCAAGGUUUGCUGGCGAUGGGGCUUCGGAGAGGAGUAGACUGACUCCAGAUAAGGACAAACCACAAAACGCGCGCGAAUUCAAGAACGACAUUCUUAAGACACACAAUGAUUACCGCGCGCAACAUGGCACGAAAGCUCUGAAAUGGAACGCAAGACUUGCAUCUGAAGCACAAUCGUGGGCCGAGAACCUAGCUCAGAGGAACGCCAUACAACACAGCAGCUCCAGGGAGUACGGAGAGAGCAUCGCUUAUAUGUCAGGUGCCGUACUGACUGGGCGUAAAGCCACCGAUAUGUGGUAUGGCGAGGUGGACAAGUACAGAUUUGAGAAUCCAGGGUUCUCCACCAGUUCGGGGCACUUCACGCAAGUCGUGUGGGCGGGGUCCACAGAGAUGGGUGCUGGCAAGGCAACAAGUUCCUCUGGGGCGCACUUUGUGGUCGCGCGCUACACUCCUCCUGGAAAUGUCAUGGGGCAAUUUCCUGAGAACGUUAAGCCGAAAACAGGGGGAGGCAUUGGAGGCGGGAAGAGCUGCUGUAUCAUCCUGUGAUAGAUGGCGUCGAAUAUUAUCAGGUUGUGGCACUACGAACGACAGGAGCAGCCCGAAUGGCUUGGGAAAUAACGAACACACAAAAAUAGAAGAUGUGGAUAUUUUGAAUGUAUUUUGAUAUAAAAGAAUGAGCCCACAGAGGAAGAAUUUUGUAUCAAUCACCAGCAUUAUGCCAAAUUGAUAUUAGAAUCCUAUUAUAGAAUGGGUUAUAUUACCUGCUUUCGGGGUGAAUUUAUAGGUGGGUGGCGAAGUCAAAUUCUGAUUUUUUUUUUUAAACAAAUAUACAUAAUCAAUAGAGUUUUAUAUUGUAUUUUUGCAUUGCCAAAAACACUAACCUCACAUUUGUCUACUCUAUUAAAAUGGCAUUUUACACGUAGCUAAAUGUAUGUUAGUAAGCUUUUUGACAAUGUUAUUAAAACAGGAAUGAUUUUGA